AUGGAGAGUAGUCCAACGCAGGUAAAACAAAAAGUUGUCACUGUGGUAAAUUCGUCCAGUAUGAAGAGAAAACAACAAGCCUGUAGGAAUCUUCUCCAUAGUGAAAGAAACCACAGAGAAAUAAUCAGCAAAGUAAGCACAGUAGGAAUGAUCUCCGAGUGUACUUUGGACAAAGAAGAAAAAAGAAGGGGGGACAUUUUUUCGGCAGGGAAUCACAUUCCUUCUGGUAGUAUCAAUUGUGAGAAGAUAGUUGGUUUUGAAGAAGGCAGUUUUUCAAAAGAUAAAAGGUGGAAUGCACAAGGAAGUGCCUCCACGAAUGCAUACUCCCACAACUUCAGCGUAGAUGAAAACACCUCACGUCAAAACAGCAAUGAAGGUUAUCUCUCCAUGGCAAGUGCCCUGGAGGUGGAAGGGGAAAUGACCGACGUGAUUUACAAUCAAAGUAGUACUCUACAGGAAGACAGUAAAAUGUUCCUAUUAGAGCAUGAAAUAUUUUUUGCAAAGGAUGAAAUAGCUAACGUGAAAGGUUAUAAUCGGUCUGGUGAAAGAAAUAAGAUUAAUGGAGGAGGGGGUAAAAAGAGAGACCUUGUAUCUACUGAGGAGGCAUUAAAAAAAGGGAAAUACCCAUCUGGAGAUGUUGCUUCUAAUUCGAAGAGUGUCAGUGAGGAUAAAACCGUUGUUCAUAGAAGGAAGAAUCCAUCAGGCAAGUCUGUCAAAUGUCAAGUUGCUAACUCUGUGAGGUGUAACACGUCUGAUAGGGUACAUGAUCCAAAGUUGAAAAGGGAAUCUACCGGGGUGAUUUUAGAAGAAGCACCUGUUAGUAGCAAGAAAAGGGUUUCCAACUCGGCUAGUAAGAAGGUAAUAGUUCACAAGAUAAGCAAUGCGUCGUCGUACGAUGGACGGAAGAGGGAUGAAUAUGUUUCCACUUCUAAUUACAGAUCAGAUAAUUGUACGUCUGGAAAUAAAAUGGACUGGAGAAGCGACACCUUUUUCUAUGAAGGGGGCUUAGAGAGUAAUAUGUACAAGAAUGCCCAUAGUUCUAGCUUGAUGGAAUAUGUCACUUCUCAAAAUAGUAGCCUCACCACUGAGUAUGCAGAGCAGUUUCCGGACGGAAGCCCUUACAAGAGCGAAAAGACCAAGGGUAAUCCCCAUUGCGAUAAGCCCUCGUACUUAAGUAGCCAAGUCCAAAACAAUCUAUAUAAUUCGGUGGUGAAAAACAUGGAGAGGGGAAUUAUGACUUUGGACGGGUUCGAGGAGGGGCGGGUUAUAGAGAAAGUUGGCAAAGGAGGGAGAAAAUCGGGAGAUGCAAAAGUGGAUCAUGUACAGUCUGGCAAAGGGAUACUCCCUCCAGUGGAAACCCAACUCGCGAAAUGUACCGCCUCAAAAGAAGAAGCUGUGAGUAUAUUUUUCAAGGGGGACAGAAGAUUCUUCAACUUUGAUCUCCCCUCUAACGAAAUAAUUGAACGGAAGAGCUUUGAAAUAAUAGAAAUGAUCAGCGAAGGAAGUUUCGGCACGGUUUACAAGGCCCUGUGGCAGAACAAAAUCGUUGCCGUGAAAAAGUCUCACAUCCAGAUGUCACUAGAGGGCAUGCGCUCCAUUGUGCGUGAGGUUAACACUUACCGCUCCGUUUCGCACGAGAACAUUGUAAAGUAUUACGGAGUCUGCAUAGACGAGGGUUUCAUAGGCAUCAUCCUGGAGUAUAUCCCAAGAGGGAACGUAUUCGACAUGUUGUACAAUGGCACGUUGAUUGUUCCUUACGAGGUUCGCCUACAUAUGGCUGUCCAGCUCGUAGAAGUGGUUAAGUAUCUUCACGCGGAUAAGCGGUUGGUUCACCGGGAUUUGAAAACGAGUAACUUUUUGUUCGAUGAGCAGUACAACCUAAAAAUAUGCGAUUUCGGAAAAACGAGGAAGUUAAACACAGAUGGAAAAGUUAUUUUAGAGGACAACGGAGGUUCCCCCAGAUAUAUGGCCCCGGAGUGUUUCAUCGAAGGGAACUCCAUAAAUGAGAAGUCAGACAUUUGGGGCCUGGCGUGUUGUCUGAUUGAGAUUUUCGCCAACCAAAUUCCGUUUCAGCAUAUAAAGCAUAAGGAAGAUGUUGUCGUAGAAAUUUUGGUGAACAAGAAGAAGCCGAACGUUCCUAACUGCUUUCACCCAAAAUUGCACAAACUGUUGGAGAGGAGUUUCUGCAUAGACCCAGAGGAAAGACCCUCAUGCGAGGAGUAUCUACAAUUGCUCCUCGAGUACUAUUCAUAA